GUGUGAUUGGGCUCCGCUUUCCGCCAUUAGAGCCAAUCAGAGGGAAGCGGAGACACGAACUGGAAUAGACUGCAGAAAUGGAGCAGUAUACUGAGGCUAGUGGUGGAGAGCAGAUUGUGCUGCAGACAACCGGUGGAGCCAUGCAGCAACAGAGCACACUAACCACAGUGCAGCUGCAGGCAGACCCUCAGAUGGAUGCAGGCGCAGGCCAGCAGGUUCAGACUCUCCAGGUAGUUCAGGGCCAGCCUUUGAUGGUGCAGGUCAGUGGGGGUCAGCUGAUCACCCCCUCUGGUCAGCCCAUAAUGGUACAAACUGUGCCAGGAGGACAGGGACAAACCAUCAUGCAGCUACCAGUGACUGGCACGCAGGGUCUUCAGCAGAUCCAGCUGGUGCAGCCGGGUCAGAUUCAGCUCUCUGGAGGUCAGACUCUACAGGUUCAGACAGCACAGGGCCAAACGCAGCAGAUUAUCAUCCAGCAGCCGCAGACAGCAGUGACCGCCGGACAGAACCAGCCUCAACAGAUCACAGUGCAGGGUCAUCAGGCUCAGACGGCUGAGGGUCAGACCAUCCUGUACCAGCCUGUUAACGCUGAUGGAACCAUCCUCCAGCAGGGAAUGAUCACAAUUCCAGCAUCCAGUUUAGCUGGCAGUCAGAUCAUCCAGACUGGUUCAAACCCAAAUGGCACCACUGGGCAGGGCACUGUGACUGUGGCUGUUCCGGUCGCUGGGAACAUGGUCAAUGCUGGUGGAAUGGUUAUGAUGGUCCAAAGUGGCGGCUCUGUCCCCACCAUGCAGCGGAUCGCUCUGCCUGGAGCAGAAAUGCUGGAAGAGGAGCCGCUCUACGUUAACGCUAAGCAGUACCACCGCAUCCUCAAGAGGCGACAGGCCCGCGCCAAGCUCGAAGCCGAGGGCAAAAUCCCUAAAGAAAGGAGACAAUACCUUCAUGAGUCGCGUCAUCGCCAUGCCAUGGCACGGAAACGGGGCGAAGGCGGGCGUUUCUUCUCUGGGAAGGAGGGCGAUGAUCCACUUGGGCAGAUGGAGUCAGAACAGAGUCAGCCCGGAGAGGAAGCCGUGGUUCAGAUGAUCAGCAUUUCAUAACGUUCUCGCUCAGUUUAUACGCUGGACUUCGUACGGCUGCGCAGCUCGAGAAAUCGGUCCGAAUCUCAGCCGGCGAUUCGAUUAGGUUUCUGUACUGACAGGCUGAUCUAGGAUCUGUUUAUUGCCUUGUUUGUAAAUAAUGCAGUUGUAUGAGCGGCGGAGCAGCUUGUUCUGUGUAAGCGCUUGUGUUUUGAUACGUUUUCAUACUUUUAUAUGUGGAUACAGAUUUGGUGUGUGUGUGUUAUGGCCUCGUGUCGAUUGUUCGUAUUUGCUGUGUUUUAUAUGAGACGCGUCGGUUCUACACCUGCGCUUUAACUGAACGUGCGUUUGAGUUGAUUUGAAUAGGGACCACUCGUGCUCACUCUUAUGUUAAUGUCGUAUUAAGAUGCAGGCAGAUCAAACCACGCUCAUUUCAAUAUGUCCGACACGUUUACUGUGGCACAUUUAAACAGUUCUCCGACUAUGCACUUUCAUAUCGUUUAUCAGGUACCAAAUACCUGGAAAGGUACCACAAAACAGGUCAAAAGCCAUGUCAUUUACAUUUACAGGCAUGCACCAGAGCCAUUUUGGUCAAUAUAAGUUAAUGUCCUGUAAUGAAAUAUGUAAAUGCUUACUUUGCAAAUAUGUACGUGCAGCCAGUUUUAGGGACAUGGUUUAGGAUUAUUACAGCUUAUGUAUUAUUGUAUGUGAACAUGUUUUUCUAACCAUAACCCUGCUCCAACCCUAAACCUAACCCUACCCCAAUCUAAACCUAACCCUAACCCUGCUCUAGCCCUAACCCUGCUCUAGCCCUAACCCUGCUCUAACCCUAAGCCUUCCCUGCUCAAACCCUGCUCUAACCCUAAGCCUUCCCUGCUCAAACCCUAACCCUGCUCUAGCCCUAACCCUGCUCUAACCUUAACCCUGCUCUAACCCUAAGCCUUCCCUGCUCAAACCCUAACCCUGCUCUAGCCCUAACCCUGCUCUAACCUUAACCCUGCUCUAACCGUAAGCCUUCCCUGCUCUAACCCUAACCCUGCUCUAGCCCUAACCCUGCUCUAACCCUAAGCCUUCCCUGCUCUAACCUUAACCCUGCUCAAACCCUAAACCUUACCCUACCCCGAUCUAAACCUAACCCUGAACCUAAUCCUAACCCUGCUCCAACCCUAACCCUACCCUGCUCUAACCCUAAACCUAAACCUACCCUACUCUAACUUUGCUCUAACCUUAACUUUGCUCUAUCCCUAAACCUGCUUUAACCCUAGCCCUGCUCUAACCCUAACACCUACUCUAACCCUAAACCCAACCCUACCCUGCUCUAACCCUAGCCCUGCUCUAACCCUAAACCUAAUCCUGCUCAAACCCUAACCCUCCUCUAACCCUAAAUCCUAACGCCUACCCUAACCCUAAUUCUAACCCUACCAAAACCUGAACUUUAAUCUAACCCUAACCUUCCCUUAACCUUUCCCUAACCCUUUUCCAACCCUAUCUUUAACCCUAAACCCACUAUGAUCUGACCUAGGUUUAAUGGUUAGAAUUUUUACUUUGCAAGUAUGUACGUGCAACCAGUGUUAGGAACAUGGUUUACGACAGUUGCAGCUUCUGUAUUCUUGUAUCUGGACAUGUUUACUUUCCACCAAAAUGUCUGAACUUUUUAGAGACACGUCGCUCCUGAACUCAACACACUCCAGAAACUGUGACAGUUUCACCAAUAUAUUUAUCCAACACCAUAUCACAUUUGUAAGAGUUACUUACUUAACCAGUUCAACCUAGUUUAUUGGUAAACCAAUUUUCCUGAAAAAACAAAGCCAGUCAAGUGAUGAAAUGAUUCCAUGACAGAACUUAACAGUAAAAGCAUUAGUCAAACAUAGCAGUGGCAGUUUAAGUGGAGCAUUAGGGUGCUUUGCCACAGCAGGAUUUGGACGACGUCUUGACAAGAACUAAACACAAUGUGGCCAUGAGUUGAAGCUGAGGUGUGAUGGAGUCAUGCAGCAGGACGAUUCACCAUACAAAAGCAAGUGAUGUCGGUCGGCCACCUCAAUAGUUGUUGGCCUGUAGAAAAGCAGGAACAAGACCCUACUCUGAUUUUUCCAGCAGUUCUGGAGUUGUCGAAAAUGCUCGUGGGUUUGAAGAAAACAAAAUGUUUGGCCUUUUUAACCAUUUGUCAGAAAUGUUUCUCUAUAAAUGAUGUAUCUGCAUGUCCAAUUUCAAA